AUGAAGUUUGGAGGAAUGGGGAUUCCCGCGCUUCAGCAGUUAGCGGACAGCGCAUCGGUCGCGGCGGCGUGCACGUACAUUCCCUGGCUGCACAAUUUCGUCCCGGGCCUGGCCGACGUCGUCACCACCGACGACCCAAGAGACCUGGGCUUGGGUUGGGGCGGGCUCGACACCGCCUGGCGCCGCAUCUGGGAGAGGGCCACGGACUCGGGCGCGGUCGACGGCGAGGGGAGGAGAGUGGAGGAUGAGCGGAGCCUCCUCGUCGCCCCCGUCUUGGUGGACGCGGCGCCGGAGCUACAGCCCCAGCCUCACCUCCAGCGCCUCCUGAGCGCCCUCGACGCCGCGCGCAGGUACAAAGCGGAACACGCCCGUACCUGCGCCAGUUUCGAAGCGUUACUCGAGGAAGACGGAAGCUGGACGAACCCGGCCACGAGGUGGUACGCACAGGUGGCGGCUUUCAUGUUGUCCCUCGGCGGCAUCGGAGCGACCACGUGGAAGGACGCUUGGCCCACCGAGGAGCGUAUGCGGCUGACACCUGAACUGCUCCGCUCGGGCGUCGCUUUUGAGCUCAACCUGCCUCAGGAGAGCAUCACCCGUGCCGCCGGGCGUGGCGGACGGACAUGCACCUGUCGGCACUGCACGAGCAAGGGACUGGCCCUCCGCCUGGACGACCCCGACAUCGUCCACCACUACCUCACCCGCAUGGAGGAGAGCUCCGAGAUGGGGGCGAGCGCGUACGGCAGCCACAAUGCCAUACGCGACGUGGUCUGCGAUAUCGCCAGGCACGCCGGGCACAAGGUGAGGAUUCGAGGACUAGGCGGAUUCCUGCGGACGGCCGACAGGGCGAACAUCCCCGACAUCCAAACCAGGGACCGAGAGGGAAACGACACCUUCAUCGACGUCACCAUGUCCCACUUGUGCCACGGCUCCCCUCACACUAGGAACGGAGAUCCCAUGGGCUCGAUGAGGGGCAAAAAGAAGGCAAUCUACGAGGAGGGUUUCAUUAUGGAGACGAGCGUAGGGAAGAAGAUGGCAGCCUACGACGACGUGGCCGAGUUCCGUGGGCAUCGCAUGAGCUACCACGCUCUCGAGUACCCCGGGAGGAUGAGCACCGACCUCGUCAAUUUCCUUCGCAAGGCGGCCGGGGAAGCCGCGGUGUGGAGCAGGGAUGAGUUCGGAGCUGGAGGUCUCGACGAGCGCGCGCGGCACCUCGUGAGUUCCAACUUCCAAAAAUUCCUCAGGUGGGUCUCGUGCGCGAGAAUCAGAUCCAUCGCGACCCGGAUCGUGAGCGCAGCAGGGGAUGAGGAGGAUAAGGAGGAGGAGUGGAGGAGAACGACGGAGGAGCCCGUGGAUCCCGAUGCACUUGUCCGUGAAGUGUUCAGUGAUCCCCUGAUCAUGCACGAGGACGCAGUCUUCGGCCUGAACGCCUAA